UAAGACUGUCGAGAAGCUUCUUUAAACUAAAAUGCGUCCCACCGUGAUCCUUCUGGCCCUUGCCGUCACAACAUUGCUCUCUGAACACUGGGGAACUGCAACCGUAGUUGAAGACUUCAACCAUAUUGAGAGAUGCAAAGACUCUCUGUAUAUGGGCACCCCACCACGAGGCUUCAGAGAGGGCAGACUCAAGAAGAUCUGCCAGCGCUACGCUGACAAACCUAGAUUCGUGACCCUGUACGACUCCAAAAACCGUAUCCCAGUUUACUCCGCUUACACCUUCAAGAAAACAGAGGGCGAUCGGCGUGUGGACUAUCCCUGGAUGUAUGAACCUCAGCUUGCAGAGCUUGAUGGGAAUGGGAACAUGAUGCCGUUCCCCACUGGCUACUUACACAUGAAGUUUGAGGACAGCCAGGCGGUUUUGGAUGACUACUCUGACGUGGUUCUGUACGAAAGAGGCCAUCUGAAUCCAGACCAGCACCAGUCAGACCCACAGGACCGAGCAGCUACCUACACGCUUACCAACGUUGUGCCAGAAAUUCGUGAAUUUAACAUCGGACCGUGGCGCGAACAUGAAGAACACAUCCGUGUGCGCCUCAACAACUUCUGUCGGGGUACAGCCUACAUUGUAACUGGGGUUACCACUACUGGGAACAUGAUUAGGCGCAACAACCAGGACCGGGUUGGCAUCCCUGAAGACGUGUGGUCUGCCUACUGCUGCACUGACUACGACCGGAACGCACCACACAACGUACGCAUCCGUUUUCCGACCCAAGCUGCCCUUGCCAAGAACGCAAAGGAGGGGAACAGAGUCCAGGAGCUCACUGUGCAAGAUCUGGAGAACUACCUGACUAACAAAAUGGCCGUAGACAAGAAUUUUCAGCUGUUCUAUGAUAACUGCAACUCACCUUCACCUCUUCCUCCCUAUCUUCAUUAUUACAAAUAAUUUGACUUACCUUCACAAUAUAGCUUUGGUUGUGGUUAAUUUAUUUUUUCUGCUUUCGUCUUUCCUGUAGCUUUCCUGUAUAAUAAUAAAACAAAACAAACAAAAAACAAGUUUGAACCAAUCGGGGUCGGUAGGAUUUAAAUGAAUUUAUUUCUCAAGGAUCAUGUGACACUGAAGCCUCAAAUAAUGGCUACU